AUGCCAGUCGAGUAUGGCUCCAGAUUACCUUUGUCAACGGCGAACCUAAAGCUUAGAGAUAAUGAGGACGUGCAGGGUUUAUUGUUGUAUUAUGAGAAUGUUGUGUGUCCGAAGCUUUCGGCCACCCCCGAGGGCGCGUCGGAUCCUUUCGAGACCUAUAUUCUUCCGCUUGCUCUCCGAGACACUGGUCUACUAAAAGCCGCCUUAGGUCUCACAGCAUGCCACCUAGCUACCCAACAACCAACACCUAAUCGCCGACUAAAUACCGCUGCGCUGGAGUACCGAGUGGCCGCUCUGCAGUCCUUGAGUGCAAUCUUGCUGAAAGAGGAGUGCUUCAGCCUGAGCGAAGCUGAAGAGGAGACAGCCUUGGCAAUUGUUCUGAUGCUCGUACUUCAUGAUACAUUUGAGUGCGGUAGAUCAAACCACGGUGCGCACUUAAACGGUGUGGCCUUUCUGUGCUCUCGUCUUAUCGAGCGAUCUGGCGUCCUAAGUCCGAGCCAGAUGUUUCUUGUUACUGCCCUGACAUGGUUUGACCUUCUACGUGGCUUUAGCGGCGCGGAGAAGCUAGCAUUCCCACCCAAUGUGCGCGAAUAUGUUGCUACAUCAGCGGUGGCAACUCUCACGUCUUUGGUUGGCUGUCCUGUAGAGGUUUUCACUGCCAUCAGUAAUACUCUUGAAGGAGGUAAGAAGUUUCUCGCGCAAGAGCUUGGAGAAGAAGAGUUCCGGCUGUCUCUGAACGAGACCUUAUUACGCUUGCAGGCUUGGGACCCAUCCACUGGCCUCUAUCCGAACGCAGACCCAGAAUGGGUGAGCCUUGCAGAUGCUUACAAACAUAUGGCGAUGAUACGCAUACUCCGGUUCCCGGAUCCAUUCAGCAUACCAUGCAGUGAUUACCGCAUCCGCAAUUCCGUUACAGCUAUUCUCGAUGCUUCGACAUUAGUACCGCGGCACUCACCGUACUUCAAAAGGCUCUUGUUCCCACUAUUCCUGGCCGCUGCCGAAACCGACUCACCUCACCAACAACAAUACGUGGUUAUGUGUGUUGAGCAUAUCAAAAGAAUGACCGGAAUCACGUAUCACAGCAUCACGGAACUCUUGGAGAAGACUUGGCAAGGUCGGAGGUUAUCUGACGGAUCGCGCAAUGUGCCGUGGCAAGAACACACAUGCUCCAUACAUCUCCCACGGCAACAUGACUACUUAUUCUUUUAA